AUCACUUUAUCUUUAAUCCACACACUCUACAACCAAUAACAAAAGUAGCAUACUUUUAAGCUUCAUUUUUAGCACACAAUUUUUUUUUUUUUGUGGUAAGUAAAUUUUGAUUCAAUUCAUCAUGCUAGAAGGCAAGGCAGUGAUUGGUGAGACAGACAUGCUUCAAACUAUGCAACAAGAUGCUCUUGAUUUAGCAUCCAAAGCACUAGAUUUCUAUGAUGUAACUGAGGCCAUUGAGAUAGCUCGAUUUAUAAAGAAGGAAUUUGAUAGGGUGCAUGGAGCUGGUUGGCAAUGCAUUGUAGGCACUGAUUUUGGUUCAUUUGUGACACAUUGUUGUGGCUGCUUCAUAUAUUUCUGUAUAGGUAGUAUGGCAAUUUUGCUCUUUAAGGGCUCUGCUGCUCCACAAGCAGAGGAAGAUCAGUUCUCAGCAAUAGGGGCAACCAAAGCAUAAAGUAGUUUCCUUAUUAUUUGAGUUUAUUCUAUUGUAAUAGUAGUGUAAUGAGAAUUAAUUGAAAAAAAUUGAAAAACAAAAAAAAUGUCGGAGGUAUUAAAAUCAUCUUAUUGCCUUCA